UCCUCCUGUCGUCUCUCUACUUGAAUAACCAAUUCAAAAAGCGAUGUUAACCAGGAGUAGAACCCUUCCCUCAAGAAUUUAUAAUGGUGUUGUUGAAGAGAGGCAAGACAUCAGACACUAUUUGCAGGUGGAAGUCCAACCCAAACCUCAACAGGAAGCUGAAGCAAUUAAUCUGCAAGCUAACUAUUCCAAGUGCUUUGAUGAUGAUGGCCGGUUAAAGAGAACAGGAACUCUUUGGACUGCAACAUCCCAUAUAAUCACAGCCGUCAUUGGCUCCGGUGUGCUAUCAUUAGCAUGGGCUAUAGGACAACUUGGGUGGGUUGCUGGACCAACUGUCAUGCUUCUUUUUGCUUUUGUAAUUCUCUACACGUCCAACCUCCUAUCACAGUGCUAUAGGUCUGGGAAUCCUGUAACUGGACCACGGAAUUACACUUACAUGGAUGCUGUCAAGGCAACCUUAGGAGGGAGAAAAGUAAAAAUCUGUGGACUAAUUCAGUAUAUCAAUUUAUUUGGUGUGGCUAUUGGCUACACAAUUGCAGCAUCAGUCAGCAUGAUGGCAAUAAAAAGAUCAAAUUGCUUCCAUGAGAGCAAUGGUAAAGAUCCCUGUCAUAUGACAAGCAAUGGAUACAUGAUUACCUUUGGAAUCAUUGAAAUCAUAUUCUCCCAGAUCCCUGAUUUUGACCAAGUAUGGUGGCUGUCCAUAGUUGCAGCAGUUAUGUCCUUCACAUACUCUACUGUUGGUCUUUCUCUUGGCAUUGCCAAGGUUGCAGAAAAUAAAAGUUUCAGAGGAAGCCUAACAGGCAUCAGCAUAGGUACCAUAACACACGCUGGAACAGUUACUGCAACACAGAAGUUAUGGAGGAGUCUACAAGCUCUAGGAGCCAUAGCAUUUGCAUACUCUUAUUCCAUCAUCCUCAUUGAAAUUCAGGAUACCAUCAAAGCCCCUCCAGCUGAAUACAAAACCAUGAAGAAGGCAACUCUAAUCAGCAUUGCGACCACAACCGUAUUCUAUUUACUCUGUGGAUGCAUGGGAUAUGCUGCAUUUGGGGACGAUGCUCCAGGAAACCUUCUUACUGGUUUCGGAUUUUAUAAUCCAUAUUGGCUAUUAGACAUAGCUAACGUAGCCAUUGUCAUCCAUCUUGUUGGUGCCUAUCAAGUCUACUGCCAGCCGUUCUUUGCAUUUGUGGAGAAAUGGAGUGCACAAAGAUGGUCAAAUAGUGACUUUGUAACGGCAGAAUAUGACAUACCUAUCCCUUUUUAUGGCGUGUACCAGCUCAAUUUUUUCCGGCUGUCGUGGAGAACCGCUUUUGUAAUUGUUACUAGUAUCAUCGCCAUGCUCAUGCCUUUCUUCAAUGAUGUUGUCGGCAUACUCGGAGCACUAGGAUUUUGGCCAUUGACAGUAUACUUCCCCAUCGAGAUUUAUGUUGCUCAGAAGAAGAUUGGGCGAUGGACAACUCAAUGGAUUGGUCUACAGAUAUUAAGUGCAGCUUGUCUCCUUGUUUCACUAUCUGCAGCAAUUGGUUCCGUGGCUGGUGUCGUUCUUGAACUCAAAACAUACAAACCCUUUAAAACUAGCUAUUAGGAGGAAAAGAUCGAGCAAAAGGAGGAGGAUAUAGAAGCAUUUUACCUGGACUGAGAAAAGCAGCACGUACUGGUUACUAAUCUAUAAAGAUGAAGGGAUGUACUAUAAAUUACGAGAACAUUGAUGUAUCAAAAUUACAGAGGGCUUCGACGGGGUGGAUUGGAUGGCAGUCAUGCAAUCAUCAGUCAACAAUGAACGUUAAUAUAAAGCGUAAUUAUUAGGUAUAAUAAGCUGCCAAAAAAAAACCCCCCGCACAAAUCUAAAAUAUGGUUUUAGACCAAUACUACACAGGUGCUUGUAAGAGCUUUUUUGCUUUUUAAUUUUUUAACUUGGCUAUUCAUCAUGGAUGAUCUAUCUUCUACAAUUCGAUUCAAGUUUGG